AUGGAUCCUACGCGUCAGAUGUUGCCGCCGUCGACUCCGCAAGGCCGAGAGCUUUCUGCUCGUACCUCAAGCACCCCAUUUAAUGCAACACCGCGCGAGAUGACACCGAACCCUACGCCCUCUCGAACACAGAACGUUCCUCACACAAGGUCCAUUGGACCUCCUUUAGUUGAGGGGAGAGACUGGUGGAAGCCCUCGGGCCCUCACUGGCUCACUGACGCUACUAAGUACUCUAAGUGCUCUGCCGAGCUGCUGUUAGAGUUGCUAGAGGAGGACCCCGACUUGUGGCAAGGCUGGAAGGCUGGUAGACACAGCGGCGGUGCUCAGCGACGUAAGGAUGCCAAUAAUAAGAUCAUUCAGCGGCUUUACGAGCGGAAAGCCCCUGUCAUGAAGACUGCAGGAGCGCUCAAUAACUAUCUCGCCAAGAUCUUCGGCAAAUGGCACGACGCUUGGAGAAUGGAACGGCCAUCCACCGGGGAUGGCUGGCCUGCAGAGAUCCUGUGUCCUGACAAGGUUAAGCGGCGUUUCCUCGACCCCGACGAGCUAUCGAGGUACCAGGAGAAGAUCUGCCGCGACUACCAGAGGUUGAGUGCAAUCAUGGAGGAGUCUGGAGGGGCUCCUCCGGACACGAUCACCGAUAGUUACGGCGCCGGCCCGAGUAACCCGACCUCCGACGCCCUCAUGACUCAAAUGGCAGCCCCUUCUCAACCUUCAUAUAUGUACUCAGACGACGAGCAGGACGAUGAAACUCAAGAACCAGAGACUCAGGACAUAGUUCAAGUCAUGACCGAAGAACCGACGCUCAGAACGAAGAACCUGGACGCCAACCCCCGAGAGUAUCAUGUCCUCAGUCUUGUCCACCAAGGCAGACCGGGACAGGGCUCUCGAGAGUACUAA